AUGGGGAAGCCUCUAUACGAGGAACAAGAGGUGGUGCCAGAGUUCAUGAUCAGUCGAUGCACGACUCACACACGUGCGAGGAUAGAAAGCAUAGACGAGCGAGCCCAGAAAAACGACUGGAUCAUCGCGGGACAGGAUGAGAUGUGGAAAAGAAGAGUAAGACCAGAAGGUCCUUACCAGGAAAAUCGCUAUGCCAAAGAUGAUGCGCCGUAA